AUGCGGUUUGUGCCUAUGUUGUCCAUGUUGGGAAAAAAUGUCAAAAAUUUAUUGCUGAUAAUUUAUUCGUGCUGUUUUUAGUUGCUUUCAGAAUUUUAGUGAGGAUGCUGAUCUACACGGUUUUUGUGCUGCUCAGUAGCGUAGUUUACGCCUCUGCGUUUCUGGAACUGUUCUAUCCAGAAUUUGUCUCAAGCAACUGUUCCAGCCAAGAGUACCAAUGUACCAACUCCAAGUGCGUUCCAACAAGUGUACGGUGCGAUAGCAACAACGAUUGUGGUGAUUUUAGUGAUGAAAAAGACUGCGAGAUGUUUCUGUGUAAAGAACCCUCGUUUUUUCGCUGUAAGAACCACCGAUGCAUUUCAAAAUCCUUCUUAUGUGAUGGUGAAAACGACUGCGGUGAUUUCUCAGACGAGAACAACUGUGAUAACUUUAAAGUUGAGCACAUAUCUUUGAACGCUACCUGCGCAAAAGGCGAAUGGCAAUGUACCGAUAAGUUGUGUAUACCAGAAGAUUGGGUUUGCAAUGAUGAACUGGAUUGCUUGGAUGGCUCAGAUGAAGGAAUUGGAUGCACCACAUUUGAAAAAGACUGUGAUGGUUUCAGAUGCAAAAAUCACCGUUGUGUGCCCAACGAAUGGCGAUGUGAUGGUGUUAACGAUUGUAUAGACAACAGUGAUGAACAAGAUUGCGAACACCAUUUCGAUGUCAAACAGUGUACUUUCGAUCAGAAAAAGUACAUUUGUAAUGAUGGAAAAGCCUGUUUAGAUCUCAAGGAUGUUUGCAAUGGAAAAUUUGAUUGUUUGGACAAAUCAGAUGAAGGCGGUCUAUGCAAUCAAUCCUCAAUGACAUGCAGCCACCACGGAUGCAGUCAUGAAUGCAUCCAGCUACCUACAGGUCCACGAUGUCUAUGCCCCUCUGGAUAUCAUAAUAUCGAUGAAAAAACCUGCACAGAUAUCAAUGAAUGCGAAGAAUAUGGAAUCUGUGACCAGGAAUGCAGAAACACUCAAGGUUCCUAUCAGUGUUCUUGCCAGAAGGAGUACCACCUUCAGGAAGAUGGAAGAUCUUGCAAAGCCACAGGAGGGGAGGCUUCUAUGAUCUUCAGCUCGAAAAACGAGAUCAGGUCAUAUUUGCUUACUAGCAACUUGCUAUUUCCUGUAGCUAAUCAUUUGAAGCAAGUAGUGGGCGUGGGGCAAGAUGGCAAUAAUAUUUACUGGACUGAGGUUUUUACCCAACACGAAGCUAUAGUCAAAGCCUCUGUAGAUGGUUCAGAAAGAGAUGUGUUGGUAACUGCUGGGUUGGCACUGCCUGAAGAUCUGGCCGUUGAUUGGUUAACUGGAAACGUCUACUUCACUGACGGGAAACUUCAGCACAUUGGCGUAUGCACCAAUGAUGGCACGCACUGCACUGUCUUAAAUAACAACGAUAUUAGAAAACCUCGAGCUAUAGUGUUGGAUAUAGAAGAAGGAACUAUGUAUUGGACAGAUUGGGGUGAACCAGCUGAAAUAGCGUUCUCCCACAUGGAUGGAACCCAAGAUAGACCUUUCCUGAGGGAUAACGUUCACUGGCCCAACGGUUUGGCAUUGGAUGGGCCUAAUAAAAGACUAUAUUGGACAGACGCCAAGAAAAUGGCCUUGGAGAGUAUCAGGUUGGACGGUACAGACAGAAGGGUCAUCUUGGAAAACGUGGUCAAACAUCCAUUUGCCAUAGCCGUAUUCGAGGACAAACUCUAUUGGUCAGAUUGGGAGACCAUGUCCAUAGACUCUUGUAACAAAUUCACCGGGAAAAACCAUACAACAUUAAUCAAAGAACACAAGAACUUCAUCUACGGUAUCAACAUCUACCAUUCAUCUUUACACCAGCGCACUCACAAUCCUUGCAACAGCGCAUACUGCAGUGACAUUUGCCUGUUGACAGUUGAGGGAGGCUAUACUUGCGCUUGCUCAGAGGGCAGGAAGUUAGGAUUGGAUAUGCAUACAUGCAGGGAAGUGGAGAAAAAGCAAGUCAUAGUCGUAGCAGCAAAAAAUCUUCUGUUACAAGUUGAACACAAGAACUUAGGCAGACAGUCCACAACCCUUUUACCCUCUGUGGUAAAAAAAGCAGGCGCACUGGCCUAUAACAGCAGGAACAACAGUCUUUUUAUCAGUGACAUCGAAACCAGAAGAAUUUUAGAGCUAAAUCUACAUACCAGCAUUAGUAGAACUCUACCAUUACAGAUUCUUGGUAAAAUAACAUCUAUGGAUUAUGAUGCAUCCAGCAACAACCUUUUCUUCUGUGACACUUCCAAAGCAACUCUGGAAGUGGUCAGCUUGAACACAAUGUCUCGCAAAGUGCUCAUCCACGACCUUGACGAUGAAAUGCCUGUUUCUGUAGCUUUGGUACCAUCAGAAGGGAUAAUGUUCGUGGCUUUGGCAGAAAAGUCAGGAAUGUCUGGACACGUCGACAGAAUGUUUAUGGACGGAUCUGGCAGAACUCACAUCAUAGAAACUGAUUUGGGUAGUAAGAUUUCAUUGCACUACGAUCAAAAGUACCACCGGCUCUUCCUGGUCGACGCUUUCAACGGUGUGAUCAAGCACGUGAGUGUGGACGGUGAAGAAGUUCACUUGUUCAAGCGACUUCACACUUUUCCUACAGACCUAACAACGCUGAAUAAUGAUUUGUUUUGGGUUAACGAGUACACUCCGGUACUGUUCUGGACUGAGAAGUCUUCAGGAGAUAACACACAAAAGCUUUCCUUAGACAUGGUGAUCGACUCAGAUACAAAAUUGCAUCUAGCCUCUGUGACCUCUGGCUUAAAUCUAGACAGCGUGUGCCUAUAUAACAACGGAAAUUGCAGUCAUUUAUGUCUACCUUCUCAUAGUUCGGCCAUAAUAUGCGAAUGUCCGAGCAGAAUGAUGCUAGAAAAAGACAACAAGACUUGCAUCCACAGGAAAGAUUGUAUGGAACACGAAAUCAUGUGCCCACUAAGCAACCAGUGUAUUUCAAGCAAACUGAGGUGUGAUGGUAAAAAGGACUGUCCAAUGGGCGAAGACGAAGAUGAUUGUAAGAAAGAACCAACCUGUCCUUUAGGGUACUUUGCUUGUAACGAUGGACAAUGCAUAAGGGAAAAGCAAGUUUGUGAUCACCAUUUUGAUUGUAAGGACAAAUCAGAUGAAUACAGAUGCGACGAAAAAGACAGACUCUCCAAGUGUGCUCCUGGUCACUUUAGAUGCGGCGAUGGUCAAUGUAUUGCCGAGAGAUUUGUAUGCGAUGGGGCAACCGAUUGCCUGGACCACUCCGAUGAAUCAAAAUGCCUCAGUUCUACUUGUUUGGACACUCAGUUUAGAUGCGAUUCUGGAGCUUGCAUCCCCAAAAGCUGGGAAUGCGACCACGAAUACGAUUGCAAGGAUCUUUCCGAUGAACAUUCUGGAUGCGAGUCUAUUACGUGCGCCUCGUACAUGUUCACGUGUUCCAACGGCAAAUGCGUCGACAAGAGUCUGACCUGCGACCAAUCCGACGAUUGCGGCGACAAUUCCGACGAAAUGUCAUGCUCCGUUCACCUGAAUACUGCGUUCUGUGCCUUUGACGAGUUCUCUUGCGGAUUCAACGAUACAUUCUGUCUACCGCUGUCUGCUCGGUGCAACGGAACUACCGAAUGUUCUCAAGGACAAGACGAAAAGGACUGUUCUAAGUGCGAUUCUGAGUCGUUCGAGUGUGGAAACAAAAAAUGUGUGCCUAAGGAGUGGGUUUGCGAUGGUGCCGAUGAUUGCGGGGAUAACAGCGACGAGAACAGUACUAUUUGUAGGAGCGGAUCUAAGAAAUCAGUGCUGAUGUUAAAGUACCACUAUAAGCCUUGCGAAAAUGGAUUCAGAUGCAAAUCCGGUGCUUGUAUUUCAUUGGACCUCCUCUGCAACGACAAGCACGAUUGUUACGACGAGUCUGAUGAAGGGGGACUCUGCUCGAAAUCUUGCGAUCGCACCUUCAACCCGUGCUCCCAAAAAUGCAUCAGAACACCUGCUGGGCCUAUGUGUGUCUGCGACAAAGGAUACAGAUUAAAGGGUGAUGGAAGAUCGUGUGAAGAUAUUAACGAAUGUGAUCAGAGUCCUCCAGUAUGCAGUCAAAUUUGUGUGAACACGCCUGGUGAUCACUUGUGUGAUUGUUACGAGAACUUUACGUUAAGGGGUGAUAAAAAAUCGUGUAAGGCUAUUGGCAAACCGAUGUCUUUAGUUUUUAUAUCGGACAACCAAAUACGAGAACUGACUCAAAACUCCUUAAAAAUCGUCUAUUCGGAUGAAAUGCCUAAAGUGACAGCAAUGGACGUAUCGAUGAAAGACCGAAACAUCUAUUUCACUAUCGAAAACUCGCCGACAAUUCAAAAAAUCGAUACAGCCACUAAAAAACGACAGUACAUCGAAAAUAUCGGACACCCAAAGAAGAUUGCCUACGACUGGUCUACAGGUCACAUCUAUUACUAUAAUGCCCAAUCAGACGACAAGUCCAUCAGUAUCUGUAGUUUCGUCGAGAUGUCCUGCUCAAAACUUAUCGAUAUCGACUUGCACAGGCACGUAUCGGAAUUAUCGAUAGACGCGGUGAACGGAGUGAUGUUCUACUCUCUGGCAAGUUGGUUCGUGUUCAAUUCGCCUAGUUACGUCAUUUAUCGAACAAAUUUGGACGGGAGCAACAAGAAGGAGAUUGUCAGGAGUACCAAUGGUUAUGUAACUGGAAUAACAUACGAUUCAAACAAGAAGCUUCUGUACUAUGCCGAUCAACACCAAGGAAAAAUAUUCGAAAUGACAUACGAGGGAACUCAAAAUAAUGCAAUUUUCAAUGAUUUCCAUCGCAUAGUAGGCUUAAAAUUCUUCGAAAACCAUCUUUAUUUCUCAGUGAGUAACGGAGAUGUCACCAAAUGUCAACUAUACGACUCCCAAACUUGUUCAACCUUCAAAAUCCACGCCUACAGCCACGACGGGUUCCUAUUGGUUCAAGAGGGGCUUCAACCGGAAGUACAGUCGCCUUGCGUCAACCACACCUGUCAAAAUUUGUGCGUGCCUAGCGCAGAGGAGCAUAGAUGUCUCUGUGGUAGCGGGGAGGUUAUUGAACCUAGCCAAAGAUGCUCAAGUAACUUGAGAAUGAAUCACAAGGAAGGCGAAGCUCCUAAAUUUCACUCAGUUGAUUCGAAGCCUCUAACAAAAGAUGGUGGUGCUGGAAAUGGUACUGCUGUGUCUGUUGUUGUCGUAUCUAUCGUCAUCAUACUCGUAGCAGUUGUUCUGAUCAUUUACGCUAGGAAAAGACACUCUGGUCAAAUGAACAUAAGUAUGAAAUUCUAUAACCCGACAUAUAGGAAGCAAGAUGACGGUAUGUCUCGCCCGAUUUUAACACCUGGUCAGCACGAGUACACUAACCCUAUUCAAGAAACUCAGAGAAGAGAAUCUCAAGUUAGUUUUGAACAGAACGACACUAGAUUGAUCAGUAUGUCAUAGUAAAAGAAAAAAUAUUUUUGAAAGUUAACUUAUUUUAUUGUUAUUUUAUGUGUUUUUUUUUUAAUUUAGUUUGUAACGUGUUUUGUCUGUCAAAUUUUAGAAAAAAAAAAUGUUGAAUAUUGUUGAUCAAAUGAAAUGAAAAAAAAAUGUGAUAGUUUUUUUAAUAUAAAUUUAAAAUAUUGUUGAUACUAUUUAUUAGAGUUUAUAAAAAGUGUUUAUAUUUUUUGAAUAAAGGUU